AUGGAGGAAAUUAAGAAGAAGAGAAAAAUUGAAAAUUCCAGCCAAGUUUCAGUCAGGGGCUCCAAAGUGUUUGCUCCUUUUAGGGUAAUUGGUAAUGUUAUCAAUAAAGUUCCAUUUGAAGUAGGCACCUUGGGUUCAACUUUCUAUAUUGUUACCUCUGUUGGGAAAUCUUUCCAAAUCUAUGAUGCUAAUAAUCUACAUUUAUUGUUUAUAUCUGAGAAAGAAACUGAUUCACCAAUAGUUGCCUUGGCCACUCAUUUCCAUUAUGUUUUUGCUGCCUUUGGUAACAAAAUUGGUAUUUAUAGAAGAGGUAUUGAGGAACAUUUAAUUACUUUAGAUACAAAUGCAACUAUUACUAGUUUAUGCGUUUUUGGUGAUUAUCUAUGUACAUCUACUGACGAUAAUGUGGUUCAUGUUUUCAAGAAGAAGGCAUCUACUGAUAAAUUUGCUACUUCAUUUUAUACAAAAUUUGAAAUUACUGAGCUUCAAGGUGGUGACAUCGUUUCUAUCAUUCAUUUACCCACUUAUUUGAAUAAAGUAGUGGUCGUUACAAAGUCAAAUUUAAUACUUUUUAAUGUUAGAACUGGUAAAAUUAUUUACACUUCUGAAGAAUCUCCGAACCAAAUUACUACUGUAGCUGCUGCUCCUGCCUUAGAUAUAUUGGCAUUAGGUACAGUUGAAGGUGAAGUUAUUUUAUAUAACUUAAGAAAGGGUAAGAAGAUUUUUACCAUUAAAUUUAAUGAGUUGAGAAUAUCAACAAUUUCUUUCAGGACUGAUGGCUCACCUCAUAUCUGUGUUGGUGCCACCAAUGGUGAUAUAAUAUUUUAUGACUUGAAUCGUCGUUCACGUAUUCAUGUAUUGAAGAAUAUUCAUAAGGAAUCCUUUGGAGGUGUCAGCAAAGCCAUGUUCUUAAACGGCCAACCUAUAAUUGUGACAUCUGGUGGUGACAAUUCUUUAAAAGAAUAUGUCUUCGAUCCUUCAUUAUCACAAGAAAAUUCUGAAUCUGUUGUACAACCUCCAAGAUUUUUACGUUCAAGAGGUGGUCAUUCUCAACCUCCAUCUAGUAUUUUAUUUGCCGAUUCUGAUUCUCACUUUAUAUUGUCAGCAUCUAGAGAUAAAUCUUUAUGGGCAUUUUCAUUAAGAAAAGAUUCUCAAUCACAAGAACUAUCUCAAAGAAUGCACAAGAAGAAGAAUGGCGAUAGAAUUGGCGGUAGUACCAUAAAGGAAAAGUUUCCUGAAAUUAUAGCAAUGGCCAUAGAGAAUGCCAGAGUCGGCGAAUGGGAAAAUGUUAUCACUGCUCAUAAGGAUGAGAAAUUUGCACGUACUUGGGAUCUUAGAAGUAAAAGAGUUGGGAGAUGGACUUUUGAUACCACUGAUGAUGGUUUCGUAAAAUCUGUUGCAAUCUCACAAUGUGGUAAUUUUGGUUUUGUUGGUUCUUCAAAUGGUAGCAUUGUCGUUUACAAUAUGCAAAGUGGUUUGGUACGCAGAAAAUAUAAAAUGCAUAAGAAAGCGGUAACAGGUAUUGCAUUAGAUGGUAUGAAUAGGAAAAUGGUAUCUUGUGGUUUGGACGGAAUCGUUGGUUUUUAUGACUUUAACAAAUCUACCUUACUGGGAAAACUUACACUUGAUGCACCAAUAACAUCUAUGGUUUACCAUAGAACCACUGAUUUAGUUGCAUUAUCUCUUGAUGAUUUCUCAAUUGUUAUAAUAGAUGUUGUCACUCAAAAAAUUGUCAGACAGUUAUGGGGCCAUUCAAACAGAAUUACAAGUUUAGAUUUUUCACCAGAUGGUCGUUGGAUUGUCAGUGCAUCUUUAGAUGCUACCAUGAGAACCUGGGACUUGCCGACUGGUGGUUGUAUUGAUGGUUUAAGAUUAGAAACUGUUGCUACAAAUGUGAAAUUUUCACCAAAAGGUGAUUAUUUAAUGACAUCGCACGUUUCGGGUAAUGGUAUUUGUGCAUGGACUAACAAAGGUCAAUUCAAAGCUAUAUCUACAAGAAUGAUACCAGAGGAAGAAUUUGUCAAAGUAAUGUUGCCAAAUAAUUCAAGCACUGGUAAUGCUACUAUGUUGGAAGGUGCCUUUGACGAUAAUAUAACUUCAGAUCAUGAAGAAGAAUUCCUUGGAUACGAUUCGGUUUCUCAAAUUGACAAAAAAUUAAAAACAUUUUCUGUCGGUCCAAGAAACAAGAUGAAUACUCUAUUGAAUCUUGAUGUAAUCAGAAAUCGUUCAAAACCAACAGAAGCACCAAAGAAACCUGAAAAGACCCCAUUUUUCUUGAGUUUGACUGGUGAAAAAGUUGGUGACGAAGCAUCAGGAAGAGAGGGUACAUUAAAAGAACCAUCGAAGGAUGAAUUAGUUGAACAGGAAUUAAACAAGGAAAGAAUCGAAGCUGAAAAUAGAUUGAAUAAAUUCAAACCAUCUGGUCGUGUGGGAUUUGAAUCAAAAUUUACGAAAUUAUUACGCGAAGGUGUUAAAAGAGACGAUUAUUCUGAAUUCUUGGAAAAUUUGGUCAAACUAUCGCCAGCAAAUGUUGAUUUAGAAAUAAGAUCUCUUGAUUCAUUCAAACCAUUUGAUGAAAUAGUAUGGUUCAUUAAUGCUUUAACGAGUGGCUUAAAAACGAAUAAUAACUUCGAAUUAUAUGAAGCAUUUAUGAGUUUAUUAUUCAAGGCACAUGGUGAUGUCAUUCAUAUGAAUAAUACGGAUCCAAAAUUAGCUGUCGCAUUACAUUCUUGGGACUCUAUUCAUAAUGGAAAUGAGAAAUUAGACCACUUAGUUAAAUUUUGUUCAGAAGUCGUCAAUUUCGUAUCUACUAUCUAA